GCCAUCGACCUGCCCUCCCCCUAAACACCAUCAAUACAGUGUUGGAAUAUGUUGUAAAUUUUGCAAACGUAUGGUGGAAGGACAAAAGCAGGCGACAAAACAGUGCAAAUCCCUGCUAAAUACCGUGACGCACAUCGCUGACCGCCCGUUCUCAGUUUCCCGCACCGGUCGGCCAAUCGGAACGGGAGCAAAACUAGCAAAGUUCGAUCGAUCCGUCGAACCGUCAGCACCUUUGCACACCGAUGCGGAUGCAUUGACACGGAGGAGUAAUUACGCCUUUUUCUGUGAUUGAGAGUUUCUCUUGAAGGCAGCGAAUAAAAACACGUACAGCUGUGUUGUGCCUGUUUGUGGUGCCGUUUGCAGGAAGAACCAGGCGAAGCAAUAGAUCUCUUCAACCCGCUGGAACCAUUGGCUCAGCGGAACCUUCCAUUCCCCCCCUCCAGAAAUUGGAUGUUGAUCAAGUGAAAAACGGCUGCUGAAAUCACAGGAUAUUCAUCAUGUCGGCCGGACCGUAUAAUUAUUCGUAUAUCUUCAAGUACAUCAUAAUCGGCGAUAUGGGAGUCGGCAAAAGCUGCCUGCUGCAUCAGUUCACAGAGAAGAAGUUUAUGGCCAGCUGUCCGCAUACGAUCGGUGUCGAGUUCGGGACGCGCAUCAUCGAGGUUGAUAAGCAAAAAAUUAAGCUGCAAAUAUGGGACACGGCCGGGCAGGAGCGGUUCCGGGCGGUGACACGAUCGUACUACCGUGGUGCUGCCGGUGCACUGAUGGUUUAUGACAUUACGCGACGGUCAACCUACAAUCACCUGUCCAGCUGGCUGACCGAUACGCGCAAUCUAACGAAUCCCAGCACUGUGAUAUUUCUCAUCGGCAACAAAUCGGACCUCGAAAGUACCCGCGAGGUGACGUACGAGGAGGCGAAAAACUUUGCCGACGAGCAUGGCCUGCUGUUUGCGGAAGCGAGCGCAAUGACUGGCCAAAACGUGGAGGAAGCAUUUCUAGAAACGGCCCGAAAGAUCUACCAAAGCAUCAAGGACGGGCGGCUCGAUCUGAACUCGUCCGAAACGGGCGUGCAGCAUAAGCCGGCCCAACCCGGCCGAACCACGCUCAGCAACGAUGCACAGACGAACAAGGAAAAUUGCUCCUGCUAGGAGGUACAUCGGGAGUUCCAUUGCCGGGUUGGCGCGGGUGCGUGUGUGAGUGGCAACGAUUUUUACCCCGUUUCACAGAGCGGGAAGUGAGUGAAGGAGGAACCUACCGUUCGAAACGAAACUACAAGUUGCGUUUCGUGUUAGGGCAAAGUGUCUGUGUGUGUGUGCUUCUUCAAGCAAGCAUAUAAUUAGGACCCUUAAUGCGAAAUUGCGCCAAACGAUUUUUUUCUUCUAUAGUUUGAAGCAAAUUCUAAAGAUAAACCCAGAAACCCCGCUUCCAGUUCCAGUAAUUUGUGAGAUCGAGUUUGAUAGGCCUACGGCAAUUUUUCGUUUGUUACUAUUCCAUACACAUCCCUGCCCUGCAAUGCUAGGCUCUGCAACAUUCGAAACAGAAUAUCUUUAACCUUUCCCUGCAAUUUUUGUUAAGUUAAUUUGUUGUUAAUAGUUUACUGAUUGUGAAGAUCAAACGAGCAGCAGCAGGAACGGAACGAACCGCUUCAAACAACUAGCGUGUGUUGUAGGUACUCUACUGCUAACCCCCAGGCACGGCGGAGAGCCGAUUUUUAAGUGAUGAAAGGAUUAAGUAUACCCAAUUUAGUUGAUCGAUAAGAAAUGUAUUUUAUUGUACGCAAAUAUAGUAAGCAAAAGGGAGUUUUAUUUAUGUUUCCCCGCAGUUUUA